CGACCGCCCUGGGUGAUGCGCACGCGAUGUUGGAGCUUGUAUAUGUUCAUCCCUCGCGCGUGGACAAUGGCGACCUGGCCGAUUAUACUGUGCCUAUGGUUUACCCUGGCCCAGGGCAUGAGAGAUUAUAAGAUUAAUGAGCUCCGGUACAGACUCCAAGCGCCCCCCUCCCCAACCUAUGGCUGUUACUGCUCUGAUCUCUAUGCUAACCCUUUCCCCCGCGCCAGACAAGAAACGGAACGCAUGUUCUACCAUGGAUUCGAGAACUACCUGGACCACGCGUUUCCCGAAGACGAAUUGCGCCCGUUGACCUGCGGCCCUUUAACUCGAGACGAGAAAAAUAACGAGCAUAAUGAUGUCUUGGGAAAUUAUUCCUUAACGUUGAUCGACAGCCUAUCGACUCUCGCCAUUUUGUCCUCGAGUCCGGGGAGCGGCGAUCGAGCUUUCGCGGAUUUCCAGAAUGGUGUACAGAACUUUGUGACAUUGUAUGGAGACGGUUCGCUGGGCCCUGCUGGUCAGGGCGAGCGAGCGAGGGGGUUUGAUAUUGAUAGUAAGGUACAGGUCUUCGAGACAGUGAUUCGAGGACUUGGAGGACUACUCAGUUCGCAUCUGUUUGCGAUUGGUGAGCUGCCAAUUACUGGCUACGACCCACUCGAACGAGAGGCGGCAUACGCAAGUGCAUGGGAUAAAAGCUCAUUUACCGAGUCGGAUCAUGGUAUUGUGUGGAACAAUGGCUUUAUUUACGACGGCCAAUUUCUCCGUCUAGCGGUUGAUCUGGCCGACCGUCUUCUCCCAGCAUUCUAUACAGAGACGGGCUUGCCGUACCCGCGAGUCAACCUGAAAUAUGGGGUUCCAUUUUAUGAAAACUCGCCCUUGAAUCUGAAAUCUAGGGAGCGUGAGAGGAAACGGAAAUACCCGUACCUCACGAGCGCAGAGAUCACAGAAACCUGCAGCGCAGGUGCGGGCAGUCUAGUCCUUGAGUUCACCGUCCUGAGCCGGCUCACGGGCGAUGGUCGAUAUGAGGAAUUUGCGAAGAGGGCAUUCUGGGCUGUUUGGGCUCACAGGAGUGAGAUUGGACUGGUCGGGUUUGGGAUUGAUGCUGAAUCUGGGAAAUGGGUCGGUCCAUAUGCAGGAAUUGGUGCUGGUAUUGACAGCUUCUAUGAAUAUGCCCUCAAGUCCCAUAUUCUGCUAUCGGAGGGACAGCAUAUUCCAUUCGACCCCAAUAGCCCCUGGAGUGCAUUGGAUGAUUACUACCCUCCUCUGACCGAGGAUCAGCAUUCUGCAGAUGCAUUCCUGCAGGUUUGGGAAGAUUCCCACAUAUCAAUCAACCGGCAUCUCUACCGGGGUGAAGGCUAUCAACACCCCCACCUCGUUGUGGGGGACUUCCUUACCGGUGCUACUCGAGCAUUCUGGAUUGACAGCCUGAGUGCAUAUUACCCAGGUCUACUCGCCCUUGACGGAAAGCUGGACGAAGCUAUUCAGAUCCACCUCUUAACGACUGCGAUCUGGUCGCGCUUUUCGGGUCUUCCAGAACGGUGGAAUGUAGCCACGGGUGAGAUCGACGGUGGUCUCUCCUGGUAUGGAGGUCGACCGGAGUUCAUUGAAUCCACCUAUUACAUCUACCGCGCAACCCAGGAUCCCUGGUAUCUGCAUGUUGGGGAAAUGGUCCUCCGUGACAUAAAACGGCGAUGCUGGACAAAGUGUGGGUGGGCAGGGUUGCAAGAUGUCCAGACUGGAGAGAUGAUUGAUCGCAUGGAAAGCUUCUUUUUGGGCGAAACGGCUAAAUACAUGUUCCUCCUUUUCACCCCUGAGCAUCCUCUGAACAAACUGGAUGCGCCUUGGGUCUUUUCCACGGAGGGGCAUCCUUUGAUCAUUCCGAAAAAGUCCCCGGGUCACCAUGGCCGAAGAGACGCUUCAUUCCAGCACACGGCCAGUAACACUUGCGAUGCGAUUCCUAGCCCACUCUUCGGGAUAUCGUCCACAGCAUCAAGGUCUGAUAUCUUCCACGCUGCAAGUUUAGCGCGACUGCAUCUUCGGCCUCAUCGCGGCACGGAAGGACCCAUCAUGGCCGACUCGUCCGAUCAUCAGAGCGUCUCCGUGUCCGACCUUUCGUCGCCUAGUAACUACACGUUUUAUCCCUGGACCUUGCCGCCGCAACUCGUCCCUCACAACGCUACCAGCGCACCGAUGACCGUUCGGCCCACACUGGACAUCUCAUUCCCCUCUCUCCCUGGGGGGAUCAACCUUGGGCCGGGUUCAUUAGAGCGAGUCCGGGACGGAGUCCUGGUGAAGACCAUCGGCGGGCUUCGACUCAGCAUGGUGCAGGAUGUUCCUCUAGGAAAGCCGGCCCCAGCCGACCAGGGCAAGAAGGAGGAUGGGUUCCGCGUGCAGGUUAUCAACAAUGUACCUUUGGGGAAAGAUGAGAAGGUAUUCCUCUCGCGACAGAUCACCUUUGAUGUCGUCGACCCAUAUGAUCCCAAUUUCACCCGGGUCCGCGACACCGCCAUGCUUGACCUCGUCAUUGACGUUCUUCCAGAGCCCUCUCGCGGAAACAAUGGCUCAGCUCAUCCACGAGCUGAGCCGCCUGCAAAAGAAAGUGCACCAGGUCCAGAAGACCCAGGAUCUCCUCCAAGCAUCCCCACAUCCGUUACCCCGGUCCGCGACAGCCUCCCCGUCGACUCCCCGGUGAAAACCAUACUGUCCUCCUUAGUGAAUUCACUCUCAUCGCUUCUGCGGGACGAUCCACAUGAGCGCCCUCCCAUCCGGCUCAGCCUCCCGGCCAGCAUUCCCACCGGCCUUGGAGCUGCUCCUCUCCCCGAAGUCGAAGAUGCACCGAGUGUCUCUGGGUUGAGCGGCUCACCCAAACGUCUGACAUGGUCGUCAAUCUAUUUCGCAGAUGAACUCUGCAACGAGCGCAUCACGCGCGACAUAGCACAGAACCACGAGGUUCUGGUACUGAAACGCGGCGGCUGCACAUUUUCACAGAAGCUGCGCAACAUCGCUGCUUUCAGGCCGAAUCGCAAUUCUUUAAAAAUGGUAAUUGUCGUCUCGUAUGACGAUGAAAUGCUCUCUUCACCUCCCGAAGACGUCGAGGAGACUGCAGCCUCGGACUCAAAUCCAAACCCAAAGCUCAUCAAGCCUCUCGCGGCUCAGCGCGCAGAGUCAUAUCUCGUCCGACCUCAUCUCGAGUCUACACAGACUACGGCCAGUGGAAUCGCCCGCAACCAUCUCAUCCCCCUAGUCAUGGUCGGUGGCGGGGAAGAGACGUAUAAUUUCCUCCGCGCUGCCACCGGCGUCGGCAUCCGUAGACGGUAUUCGGUGCGCUCGCAAGGUGUUCCCGUGACAAAUUUGUACAUCAUAUAG